ACUCUUCUUUCACUUUUUCUUUAACUUUUACAUAUAUUAAACUAUGGGUUUUUUCAGCGCGCUAGAAGCUAUCGCCCAUGGAGGAAUCCAGCAACCAGAAUCCUACGCGAAAAAGAAGAACUACCACUUUGAACAUGAACUCGGACGUGGGUCCUUUGGUUCCGUCAGAAAAGCAACUCGUGUCGCGGAUAAAAAGGAAGUCGCCGUCAAAAUCAUUGCCAAGAAGACAGUGAAGGGUCACUUUGAUAUGGUGCAAACUGAAACCGCCGUUAUGAAGGACCUUGAUCACCCUAAUGUCAUUCACUUGUAUGACUUUUUCGAAUCGCGUGACAAGUUCUAUAUGGUGUUUGAACUGGCUACGGGUGGUGAAUUAUUCGAACGCUUAUUUGAACGCGGCAAGUUCACUGAGAAGGACGCUGUGGUCGUUGUUCGAUCGAUACUGAACGGCGUUGAGUAUCUUCAUUCGCACAAUAUUGUUCACCGCGAUAUGAAACCCGAGAAUCUGCUGUUCAAAAGCCCCGACUCGGAUGCUGAUCUAGCAAUUUGCGAUUUUGGUAUCGCCAAGGAGAACGAUGAGGCUGGGUCCGCUCUGGAUACCGUGUGCGGCUCUCCUCUCUAUGUUGCACCAGAAGUAUUGCUCCGGAAAGGCUAUGGAUCACCCGUCGAUAUGUGGGCUAUAGGUGUGAUCACAUAUAUGCUCCUGUGCGGAUACCAACCUUUCACCUCGGAAGAUCAGAUUGAACUCAUUGACGAAAUCACCAAUGCUCGUUAUGAGUUUCAUGAACGUUACUGGCGUAAUAUCUCUCAGGAUGCCAAAGAUUUUAUCCGCAGAUUGUUGACGUUGGAUCCAAAGGCUCGGCCUACGGCUUCCGAAGCGUUGAAUGAUAAAUGGAUGACGGGCGCCGAUGCUACAGACAUUGAUAUUCUUGGCACCGUCCGUGAGAACUUCAACCCGCGUCGAACGCUCAAGAAUGCUGUACGAGCAGUCAGUGCCAUGAACCGCCUCCGAUCAGGAUCGCUGAACAAAGACGGAGAAAAGAAUGGUGAGGGUAAUAAACCUCCAGUGCCUGCACUGGCCAAGGUCCUUAAAGCGGCAGCGGCUGCUAAAGCCAACCAGCAGAAAGCAAAUAACGGUGGUAUCCCUGCAGCAGCUGCACAGUAGUUUCCAUUUUUCCGUUCUGUACUCUUCCUCACACAAUUUGUGUCAAAAAGAAACCCGCCACAGCCACAAACAAACCAGCGAAACAACUCAUCUGCCCUUUCUAAAUUUCUUCCUUUCCUCCGCCACACAUGCAGCACAACGCAUACCAUGCACCUACCGCCUCUUUAGUUACUCUUAUAUAUUACUUAUAUUAUACCUUUAUAUGCUAUUCGUCAUCUACAUCUUUUUCUUUUCUUUUUCCCUUUUCUUUUUCCUAUCUAUUAAUUGAUUACAAAU